CCGAGGCAGGCUGGGGAGGUUCCAAUCCAUGAUGCAUUAAUAAAGUUUGGGGACUAUAUUUGAAUCUCUCAUAAAAUUUUGGGGGGUUUUCCGUAUUCUAUGUACCUAUUUAUUUGUUUUUUUUUUUCCCUGGAUAUUCAUUAUGAUUUUUUAGAGCUUUUUCCCAAUUCGCGUUAUCUUUUCGGAGGCAGUCUGCGGAAACGAGACGAGUUGAGACCGGAAGCAGAAGAGGCGGCUGUCGCUGUGCUACGAUACUGGGUGCAAUUUGUUUGUGUGCUUCAGCAGUCCAUAUCUCAGUUGCGGCCUCUCAUUUCACCUCCAUCGACGCUGCCCACUGCUCUGGAACUGGAACUGGAACGGGGAAGUAAUCUAUCUCUCCCCUCUCCAAGUCCCAACUGUUUUGUGUAAAUGCUGCCUUUCAGUAGUAGCUUCAGCCGUUGAAAUUAGACGGACGGACGGCUCAAUUUCAGCUAUCAGCGCUACAUCUUUGUCUGAAUGAGCUCUCAUCAAUGCCUUUACUAGAUAUUCCUACUGCUCAGACUUCGUUGAAGAAUCAUUUGCCGCCUCUGAGUCUGACUCCGAGGGUCCGACUCCUUCCUCAUUGUCAAGCCUUUGCAACCCCAUUCACUCUUGCUGCUGAUGAUGCAAGACUGCUCUCGGUCUGGAAAUCUUUCCUCCCACUUCGGCCUCUAAGGGUGCACCACGCCUAUCAGCCACAUAAAUUUCUCAUCAAGGCAGUUGCGGCGACCCUCGAACCAAAGAGACUGGUCCCGAGCGAAGCAGGACAUGGGAAUCAAGCUCAACGUGAUGCGCAUCUGAACUUCACUUCAACUCCUUCCACGUCUCUCGAUGACUCCGAAGAUGCAGAAGUGGACGAGAGAGAGAGGCUGAGACGAAUGAGGAUCUCUAAAGCAAAUAAAGGCAAUGUACCUUGGAACAAGGGCAGGAAGCACAGUCCAGAAACCCUUCAACGCAUCAGGGAGAGAACAAAGCUUGCCAUGCAGAAUCCUAAGAUCAAAAUGAAGCUUGCAAGCCUUGGGCAUGCUCAGAGCAAAGAGACAAGAGUGAAAAUUGGACAAGGAGUACGAAUGGGAUGGGAAAAGCGUCGUGACAAGCUGAUGGUGCAGGAAACUUGUUAUUUUGAAUGGCAGAACUUGAUUGCAGCAGCUUCAAGGAUUGGAUGUGUUGAUGAAGAAGAGCUGCAAUGGAAUUCUUACAGUAUCUUGAGCAAACAGCUUGAAGUUGAAUGGGUGGAGAGCGUUGAAAAGCGAAGAGCAACUCCUAGGACAAAAGGCAACAAGAGGGCACCAAAAUCCCUUGAGCAAAGAAGAAAGAUUGCAGAAGCCAUUGCUGCCAAAUGGGCUGAUCCUUCAUAUCGAGACCGAGUUCGCUCUGGCCUUGCUAAAUAUCAUGGUAUUCCGGCAGGAACCGAGAGAAAGCCAAGGCGAAAGGCAGUUGGCAGCAGACCAUCCACCAAGAGGGAUAGUGCGAAAAAGAAAACCAGUGAAACAAGUGAUUCUUCUGGAAGUGAUACCACAAGCUCUACACAGGUCACAAGACAGCGAAACACUAUAACACCAUCCUACAAGGAUCCUUUGGCCAGAUCCAAGUUGCAGAUGAUAAUGAAUAUCAGAGCAAAAAGAGCUGCCGUGGAAACUAAAAAAACUGAAGCGGUUGAAAGAGCAAGGUUAUUAAUUGCUGAAGCUGAGAAGGCAGCUAAGGUUCUCGAGGUUGCUGCAGCAGAAAGCCCGAUUGCACGAGCUUCUCUGAUAGAGACCAGAAAGCUUAUAGCAGAAGCAAUUCAGUCAAUUGAGUCUGUUGAUCGAGGGGAUGUGGAUCUUGCAACAACUGAACUGAGCGAUGAGGAGAAGGAAAUUGAUGCUGCUGGUCGGUUGUCAAGCUCUACCAAAGCAGAAUCCAGACCACCAGCUGUGAUAAAUGGGGGAAUCAAAACCGCCGCAACAUGUGCUGAAGAUGAGGAACUGAUCAAGUUGAGUGAAUUGGAGUUCCCUGGUAAGCGUUGCAGCCCGCUUCAGGGAUUCGAUUUGGCGAGCCUCGUGGAGAAACCAGAGCAGCACGGCCAGGGUGAACUGAACGGGAAUCUCAAAUCUGGAACCAAUGUCCGGCCAAAUGGUUCGAAAGUCGAGCUGCAUAAGACUGAGGAGAUGGGGGUGACAAAGAGAUGGGUUCGAGGAAGACUUGUUGAAAUGGUAACAGGAGGUCGGAUGUAGUCGGAGUAGUUGUCGUGGAAGAGUUCAGCAUCAUCAUCAUCUAUAUCGUUGGCUAUAAUAAUUUUGAUCUGGUUGGUGGUGACAUGCAUCGUAGGAGGCAUAGACACGAAAUUCUGCCGUUAGCUGGAGCACUUUGUGUUUCUUCUUUCCCUUUUUGCCUUGUGCCAAACUUUUGCACACUUUGAUGGCAGUUUGGUGUAUAUUAUUAUUGACUAUUAUUAGUAGCUGCACUGACGCUGGGAAGUAGAACACCGGUGCUGCAGUUGAAUGUAAGUGGGUUAUGCGUCGCUUGAUCUAAAAGAAAAGGAGUUGUUUUUC